GGAUUGUGGCCAUGGACCUAUCAAAUUAUAAUUACAUAGUUGACAUUCAUAUUUAAGUUUGAUUUUGAGUUUAUUGGUUUGUCUAGCUUGAUAACUGAAAUUGAUAUUGUAAACAAGUUGAUGGUGCAACUUUUUUUGUUACUUUAUAGACUACGAACGAAGCUAUUCUAGCCAUUGCUCACUGGGAGAUGAAGUUGGAUGAUUUUAUCCUUCUUCAUGAAUAUGAUGUUAAUAGUCUCUUAGAGGUAACUGUUACAAUUACAUGUCACUGUGUGACAUUGCUUUUAGUCUUUGUAACAGCUGCAGUCACUUAUUCAGAGAUAAUAUAUCCACAGAAAAAUGUACUUGUGCAGCAACAGCCAACACCACCAGACUUGCUGAUCCAUAAGGAUGUGCGUAUGUUUGAACUCUUAAUCCAAUGUACGAUGAUUGUUAUGAAGCAGUUUCGACCAUUGAAGUUACACAAGUCCAUGAAAUCAGCUACAUUUCCCUUGCGGUCAGGUGUCUUUGGAAAUUGUACGGAAGAGGUAAUUGAGGUUGUUGGACAUGCUGACUGUGCAAGAAGGUCAGAAGGACAUCGUUUUAUUGGCUCACAUCAUCUUUUAUUGGGCCUGCUUCGCACAAGGAUUAGAGGAAGUGUCUUGAAGUUUGUGCAGUUACGACAAGCUCUUGAGGAACCUGCGAGAAAUCCUAGGUAUCGCAUAUACGGGACAGCACAGUGUUUAGCUGGUGUUGACAAAAUACAACUUGAACACCUGUUUUUAGCAAUUACGUUCUUAGAGCUUGGGAGAAAUUUUUUUUCUUUGGGAGACGAAAUAAUUGCGAUUAUAGAACAAGAAGAUUUGUCUAUGGAUGAGCGCAUCUGCAAACUUCUUCACCUGUGCUCACUUGAAGGACUUAAAUGUGAUCUACGAAAGGAAGAUUUGUCAAUAAAUGAGCCCAUCCUCAAACUUGGCAAGCUGUGCGUGCUUGAAGAACUUGAAAUUGAUCUGGGAAAGGAUUUCCAAAGCAACAGCUUGGACAAUAACAAAAAUGCAUGGAAUGCUAGCUUGAGUAGCAAAAGAUUUAAUGUGUUCUUAGAAGGUCUAUUGAAGCUCAUUAGAAGACAAGCUGGAAAGACUUGUGAGGGCAGUGUUUGGGGUUUUAUAAGUAGUGUUUCCAAAUUCUGGAGGCCACAAGCUCUCAAGCUUCGUGUCUAGUAGGACUUUUAGGCCCUGUUUGUUUUGGGGUGUAGAAGAAGGGAGGGGAUUAGGAUAGAGAUGGUGCCCACUUAAUGUUCUGUUUGUUUGUAGGGUUGGAGAACGGAUUGAUAAGCCGAAGGCUUAAAGAUGGGCCUUGCUAACAGAAUUCAUAGUCUGCUCCAACACUUGGUAUUGAAAUUUAGUCCGUUGGUAUUAGGAGUGUGAUUACUUAUUUACCCAUCGUUGCCCUAGCUCAUCCUUGAAGAAGAAACAGCAGGAGGAAGGAGAGGCAAAGAUAAGCUCUCAUCUUCUUUAGAUUUUUGAUCUGAAGUCUGCCCUACUCAUCCUUGGAAGCAACAACAGCAAGAAGGAGAGGCAAAAAGAAGCUCUCUCUACUUUACAGUGUGCCCUAACUCUCUCUCAUCUUUAGAUCUUCGAUCUUCAAAUUCUGUGGAGCAUCUGUUGGUAAUUUUUUUUUUGUUAAGUAAUUAUUUUUUAUUACAAACCUCAUUGGGGAUGUGAAUGCAAUUUGCACAAUCUCAAACUCAUCUAAGCUUUUUUGUUUUCUAUAUAUAUAUAUAUAAG